GGGGCGGGGAGGGAGGUCCCGGAGCCGUAGAGCCUCAGGCUUCGGCCUGGCCCCAGCCCGUCACCAGCUCCGCGGGUCCCGGCCCAGAUGUGAAAGACUGAGGACUGUUGAAAGUACAGAGUUCAGCCCCUGCACCCUCUGCCCCCAAGAGCUCCAUGCAGGGGCUACAGGAUGGAGAGGACCUUGCCAGCCAGCCCUGGUACCACGGCCCCCUGUCCCGUCAGAAGGCUGAGGCCCUCCUGCAGCAAGACGGGGACUUCUUGGUUCGAGCCUCCGGGUCUCGGGGGGGCCGCCCCGUCAUCUCCUGCCACUGGCAGGGCUCAGCCCUGCACUUCGAGGUGCUCCACGUGGCCCUGCGUCCCCGGCCAGGCCGGCCCUCAGCCCUCUUCCAGCUGGAGGAUGAACGGUUCCCAAGCCUGCCCUCCCUGGUUCGCAGCUAUGUGACCGGGCAGCGUCCACUGUCCCGGGCCACAGGGGCUGUGGCCUCCAGACCCGUGAUACGGCAAGGACCCAUUCGACGCAGUUUUAGUGAGGACACCCUCCUAGAGAGCCCAGCUCGGUCAGAGCUGCCCAGGGCUAGGAAGCGGAGUGACAGUCAGCCCGCAGGUUUGGAGCACAUGGGGCGGUCAAGAGAAGACCACUCUGAACCAGGAGCCUCCGCUGUGCCCAUGUGUGCCCUCCCUCGGAUGGGUAGUGACCCCGGGCUGCUGAAGACCCCGCCACCUCUGGGGUCCGUUGUUGACAGCCUCAGAGCCUCCGAUGGGCAGCUUCAUGCCAAGGCACCAACCAAGCCACCUCGAACACCCUCACUGGUGCUGCGGGAGGCAUCUGAAUGCCCCCCAACAUACUGUGAGCUGGUGCCCCGCGUGCCCAGUGCCCAAGGAAACCCCCUGGGCCACAUAGGCCCAGAGACAGAGGCCCCAUGGUGGGAAGCCAGUGAGGAAGAGGAGGAAGAGAACAGAAGUUUUGCAAGACCCGAGGCCGAGGUCUCUUUCUGGCCCCCUAACAACCCCUUCUGCCUGCUGGGCCCCCAGAAUCGGCCCCUGGAACCAAGAGUCCUGAGUACUCUCCGUGACCUAUUCCUGGAGCACCAUCCUGGGAGCACGGCCCUGCACCUAUUAUUGGUGGAUUGCCAGGCUACAGGCCUCCUAGGAGUGACCAAGGCUCAGCGGUGUGCCAUGGGGGUCGCCUCUGGCCUGGAGCUGCUCACACUUCCCCAUGGGCAUCGCUUGAGGUUGGAACUUCUGGAAAGACACGAGGCGCUGGCGCUGGCCGGGGCGCUGGCGGUGCUGGGCUGCGCCGGGCCGCUGGAGGAGCGCGCGGCCACCCUGAGGGGCCUGGUGGAGCUGGCCCUGGCGCUGCGGCCAGGGGCGGCCGGGGACCUGCCUGGACUGGCCGCGGUCAUGGGGGCCCUGCUCAUGCCCCAGGUGUCCCGGCUGGAACGCACGUGGCGCCAGCUCAGAAGGAGCCACACGGAGGCGGCGCUGGCCUUCGAGCAGGAGCUGAAGCCGCUGAUGCGGGCACUGGAUGAGGGCACUGGCCCCUGCGAGCCGGGCGAGGUGGCGCUGCCGCACGUGGCACCGGCCGUGCGCCUGCUGGAGGGCGAGGAACUCCCGGGGCCGCUCGACGAGAGCCUCGAGCGGCUGCUGCGCACGCUGCACGGGGCGCGUCGGGUGGCCCGGGAUGCGCCCAAGUUCCGCGAGGCAGCAGCCCGGCGCCUACGAGGAUUCCGGCCGAACCCGCAGCUGAGGGAGGCCCUGACCACAGGCUUCGUGCAGAGGCUCCUCUGGGGAAGCCGAGGAGUCGGGGCGCCACAAGCCGCACGUCUAGAGAAGUUCCAGCGCGUCCUCAGUGUCCUUUCACAGCGCCUGGAGCCGGAUGUUUGAAAGCACAGAUCCCCUUCUUCAUACUGGGACACCCAAGCUAUGGAAACCCCCUGCAGACACCAAGGAAGUUGCCCCAGGCUGUUCACACAGCCAAGUGCAGUGGGAACCCAGAUUCUGCCUUACACAAGGGGGAAGGGGGGAUUUGCAAAAACCCACACCACUCCCCCAAAAGGCACAUGGAUCUUAGGGUGAGGGACAGCCUCCUCCCCCAUACUAGAAAACCCAGGUGUCUGGAGGCCCUAUCCCACCUCCCACCCCCAAACACAUAUCUUACAAAUGGGGAACAUACACUCUUAAUGGUAAGAACUUGCAGAUCUACUCAGAAGCCAGAUGCAACUGCUUACGAGCUGUGUGACUUCUAGCAAAUGGCUCAACCUCUCUGGCCUGCCUUCAACAUAAAAGUGAGGCUAUGUACUUUCCAGGGGUUGUCACAAGGGAUUAAAGCUCAGUGUUCAAAUAUCAUGGGUGGAGAAUGCCUGGUACACAGUAGGUGCUCAUCACUGCCUUUUCUCAGUAAAGCUGCGGUAAACACAGAAA